CUUCCGGGUUGUGAACAUCUCCUUUUCCUGGUUUUACUAGCUAGCUUUUGGAGAGAGCAAGAACGAAUACUGUUUUUUUUUAGCCCCAUGGGACAUGUUAUUGACAGCCUUUGGAAAGAUUCUGAAUGGGAGGGCUUGCUGCUGAGAACUGACUACAGCCACAAACCACCAGUCACCUUUUCCCUGCAGCUGACCCCGACUGCAACUACCAUUAUUCCAGCCCAUAAUUAACCUGUCAUGUCUCAACCGAAGGAGUCAGGUAAUCGUGGGAAAGACAGGGAGCGGGGCGCCCGUCCCAAGGUGAGACAGAGCCGGUCUGAGGAGAGAAGAGAUGCCGGCGGGGGGCAAAAAGGAGGAAGAGGAAAGAAGAAAGGCCAGACGUCCCAUGAGCAAGCUGCGGAGCGGCCUGUCAGCGAUGGCUUUGAGUAUGGGGACCUGCUGAGUGGUCUGGAGCCCAGGGACCGCUGCUCCUCCUCUCCCCUGAAGGAGGGCAGGAGAUGGCAGGGCCUGGAGGGGGUCACUUCACUCAGUCAGGACAGGGGGACAGCCAGGCUGGCACAGGGGACAGCUGAGCCACCAGCCAGUGAGGCUGAGGGCAGGGGGACAGGUGGCAGUCGCACACUCCGCCAAAAGAUCCAGGAUGCCAUGGGGCAAUGUUUCCCCAUAAAGACCAACACUCCAUCAUCGUCCAGUUCCACUCAGCAGGUCUUUAUGCCACAAGCUGCUGCUGCCGGGGCUGCUGCCUCCUCCUCGCGCCGCAAGAUCCACCUUACUGAACUCAUGCUGGAUGACUGUCCCUUCGCUGCAGGCACCGAGCUGGCUCAGAAGUGGUACCUCAUCAAGCAGCACACAGCCCCCAUCUCCACACCUCCCGUAGUGGAUACCUUGGUGGUCAGCACUAGUGCCUCUGCCUCAAACAUGGCCGCCGUGGUGGAGGAUGUGGAUGACCGGUUGCGAGAGCGCAGGCGCAUCAGCAUCGAGCAAGGCGUGGAGCCGCCGCCCAACGCAGAGAUCCACACGUUUGAGGUGACGGCCCAGAUCAACCCUCUGUACAAGCUGGGGCCCAAACUGGCCCAUGGUAUGAAUGAGCUGGCAGGGGACGACAGGGCUACCAUUCACCAGCAACAGCAGCUGCUUCUCCAGAGGCAACAGCAGCACCAGCUCCUGCUGCAGAGCUGUCUGGACACUCUGGAUGAGGUGGUGGCCGUGGCCGCCGCCUCUUCUGCCUCAGCAUCUGCCUUGGUCCCUGUCUGUGAGGCUGCUUCUGUGCCUGACCCCGUGGUUGACCCUGAGGUCACAGCCAGCCUCCAGCCAACCAGAAUUGUUGUCCCCCAGGCUGAGGGUCCCCCUACUCAGGAUGGCUAUCGAAUCCACACCCAGAUCGACUACAUCCACUGUCUGGUGCCUGACCUGCUGCAGAUCACUAACCUACCCUGCUACUGGGGUGUGAUGGACCGCUAUGAGGCCGAGACUCUGCUGGAGGGCAAGCCAGAGGGCACCUUCCUCCUCCGCGACUCAGCCCAGGAAGACUACCUCUUCUCCGUCAGCUUCCGCCGCUACGGCCGCUCGCUGCACGCCCGCAUCGAGCAGUGGAACCACAACUUCAGCUUCGACGUGCACGACCCCAGUGUGUUCCACGCGCCCACCGUCACAGGCCUGCUGGAGCACUACAAGGACCCCAACUCCUGCAUGUUCUUCGAGCCUCUGCUGUCCAACCCCAUUCACCGCACCCAGCCCUUCAGCCUGCAGCACGUGUGCAGGGCGGUGAUCAGCAGCCGCACCACCUACGACGGCAUCAACGUGCUGCCCAUCCCCUACACCCUGAAGAAACACCUGAAGGAGUACCAUUACAAGCAGAGGGUGAGGGUACGGAGGAUGGACACCUGGUGGGAAUAACAAAGACCUUCUGGUGGAAGUGUACCACAACUAGGCUACUAACUUAACACUAUGGAGGCAGGCCUCACUCAGUGGACAACCAGUUGACUCAUUCCAUUUUCUUCCAUUUGUCUUUAUUAACAUAUACAGUGAAGGGAAAAAGUAUUUGAUCCCCUGCUGAUUUUGUACGUUUGCCCACUGACAAAGAAA